AUGGCAGUCAAAACGACUAUUGAUCUGGAUCUGGAAGAUCCGGCUGCUCAUGCAAAGCUCAUGCAGUUGUUUAAACAAGCCGACGUUAUUUUGCAAGGCUAUCGUCUGCGGUCUUUCGAGCGUCGAGGCUUUGGCCUGAAAGCCGCACUCGAUCUCGCCAACAAGCGAGGUAAGGGUAUUAUUUACGUCGAUGAGAACUGCUAUGGUCCUGAUGGGUAUUAUGCCGAGAGACCUGGCUGGCAGCAGGUUGCUCAUGCUACAGCCGGAAGCGAAUGGGUUAUGGGUCAGUCGUUCAACUGUCCACCUGGUCAAGUUCUUAUCAUCACCAUUGGAAGCUAUCUCACGUAA